AUGAGUUUUUCAGGUAAGAAGUUUAGAUCCAGAAGAGAGCAGUUGGCAUAUGAGGCGUCGAUCGCCGGAAGGUACCAAAAGAAUAUGAACCGGAAUCCGUUUCUCUGGUUCGGUUUGCCCUUCUGUUCUUUGAUCGUGCUAGGAUCUUUUUGGCUUUCUGAGUUUACAGCAGUCAGAUACGAUCAACAGGAUAAGAAGGUGCAGGAACUACAGGAGGAAGAUGUUGUUAAGAUGAGGAGCAAUAAGAGAGAGUUUGACAUAAAGGAGGAGUAUUAUAGGCUUCAAGGGCUUGGUGAACAGGAUUGGGAGCCAAAGAGAAUUCCCAGGUUCAAGGGUGAAUCGGAAAAUGUGUGGUGA